UUCAGUGGCUGCUCAGCAAUUGACUGGAAAACUUUCCGUUUGGAAUAGUCGCGUAGCGCAGAAGAACAUAAACAACAACGGCAACAACAGCAGCAGCAGCAGCAGCAGCAACAACAACAGAGAAAGUGACUGUCAACCGCAAAGCAAAUAAUAAUUGAUUGGAAGUAAACAGUUACUCACGAUGGCUAUGUGGUUACAACGUUUACGACUCUCAUGCGCUGUCGGCGCAGCUCGUCAAAGCUUACGAAGCUUUGCCGCUGCCAGCGAGAAUAACAACAGCACCAACAACGACAAUAACCUUGACUCUUCUAUAGAUGAGCGACAUCCGCUGCGGGGCGUGCGUAUAUUAGAUCUCACACGCAUCAUCGCUGGACCCUACUGCACCAUGGUGCUGGCCGAUCUGGGCGCCGAGGUGAUAAAGGUGGAGCGGCCCAAUUUCGGCGAUGAGGCGCGCAAAUGGGGCCCGCCAUUUCUGGAGAAGAGCGGCGAUGCGGCCUACUUUCUGGCGCCCAACCGCAACAAGCAGAGCGUCUGCAUAGACAUGAAGCGUGGCAGGGAUCUGAUGCAGCAGCUGGUGAGCAAGUGCGAUGUGCUCGUGGAGAACUAUGUGCCCGGCACACUGGAGCGCUACGAUCUGGGCUAUGAGCAACUGCGUCAAGCGCAUCCACGUCUGAUCUACUGCACCAUCAGUGGCUAUGGAUCGGUGGGCCCCUAUGCCAAGCGACCGGGCUACGAUGUGAUUGCCUCAUCCAUGGGCGGCCUCUUGCAUAUCACGGGCCAGCCCGACGGGCCGCCCAGCAAGGUGGGCGUGGCAGUGACGGACGUGGCAACGGGCCUCUAUGCGCACGGCGCCAUUCUGGCCGCCCUGCUGCAGCGGGAGCGCACCCAACGCGGCCAGAAGAUCGACGUGGAUCUGCUGUCCACGUGCUGCUCGCUCCUGAUCAAUGUGGCCAGCAACUACCUGAACGCCGGCACAGAGGCCAAGCGCUGGGGCACCGCGCACUCCAGCAUUGUGCCCUACCAGAGCUUCAAGACGGCCGAUGGCUACCUGACCCUGGGAGCCGGCAGCGAUGCCCAGUUCGUGGAGCUGUGCAGCCGCCUGAACAUCGAACGGGUCGCUCUCGAUGCUAAGUUCAAGACCAACAAGGAUCGGGUCAAGAAUCGCGAAGAGCUAGUCAAUGUGCUUGCCAAGAUCCUGGCACGCGACUCGUCCAAGAACUGGAUGCGUCUCUUUGAGGGCGCCUCCUUUGUGGUGGGCCCCGUCAACAGCAUACGCGAGGUAUUUGAGGACGAGCACAUCCAAGCCAUAGGCCUGGUCAAGACUCUGCCACAUCCGCGCGACGGCAGCGUCAAGGUCGUGGGCCCGCCCGUCGUUUACAGUGAAGCGCGCAACGAUGCACGCACCGCUCCGCCCAUGCUCGGCGAGCACACAGACAAGGUGCUUUCCAAUCUGCUAGGCUAUGGAGCUGAGCAAAUUGCCGAGCUUCGCAGUCAGGGUAUCAUCCAGUAAAGGAUUCUCUCGAGAUCCUAUUACAUA